AUGCGCAACGACCGCACCACGGCCACCUCCCGUCCUCCCCCGCCCAUGCUCGCCCCCAUACCCCGCUCCGUCCCGCCACCACAAGCAGCCGCCCUCCGCACCCCUGCCCCAAUCGACCCCGCCUCCAUCGCCGGCCCAUCCCUACUGGAUAGUGCGGCAUACCGCCAUGCCUACUCUCCAGAUAUAUCGUCCACUGCCUCCUCUCCCACCAGCCUGCCGUACCUCCGUGACACUCCCGAGAGAUCGCCCUUGCGGAUGUCGGAAGCCCACUCUCCUACGAUACCAGCCCCGAAUCGUUCUUCCUCGUCGCUGUUGCCGCACUUGAAUUCCAGUCCGAGCUGGAGCUCGAGGUCAUUAGGGAGUGAUGCGCCCUUGACAGCGCCUAUUCCAUAUACAGGGCCAAGGUCGCCCCUCCCCCGCCGGCGUCCCAGCCCGCUGGUCCUAGGCAAGGCCAAGACGUCGAUGGACACAGAUGAAGGGUUGGAACUGGAGAGGAGCAACAAUGUGGGAAGACAGUAUAGCAGCAGGCCUGCUACCGCUGGAUCUGUGACUUCCUUGAAUGAUGACGGAGCACUAGCCAACGAGCUCGAGAGCUUGUCGCUCCUCCGCAAGACCGUUCGGCAGAACCUCAUAGCUCGACCUGUCGAUUCCCCUCUGGCUGGCUCAGGUUCUGAAUCGGGCGGGUCUGGUUUUCCGACACCAGAACGGUCCUGUUUCCCCUCGACCAAGGGCGACUCUUUGACCAAGCUGGGCAGUAUUGACAUCAAGCAAGUAUUAGAGAGGCAAGCUACAGGGCAGAUGCUGGUAGUCGAUACGCGUCCGCUAGGAUCCUUCUUGGACGAGCACCUUCCCCGGGCUGUAUCGAUAUCUAUCCCGACCCUCAUCUCCAAGAGGUUUCAACGGAGCUCCGUUGGCUCUGAUAGCAAAGGGGGUUUCUCCUGGGGUCAUCUCCGUGCCUUCAUCUCGACAGCUCAAGGCUGCGACUCGUGGGACGAGGCUGAUGAAGGCAAGACGGAAAUUGCGUUGAUCAAAGACGACACUGACGACGUGGGCAAUACUCUGGCUGGAAUUCUGCAGAGCCUUGUGGGUAAUGACAGGGUCAAGGAGGUCGAAGGCGGCUGGGAUGCUAUCAAGAACACCCCAGAAAGUAGGAGAAUACUCGUUGCCGGUGAGGUUGAGCCUGCCGUCACCCACAACGACCCCUUAUUACCACCUCCUAAAUCGGCUCCGCCGGGUGAGACGCCUCCUCUGCCGCCUGUCCCUUCUUCACCCGCGCCACUCCGAGUCUCCCAUCGACCUUCAUUACCGUCUCUUCGACCGCCCGGGUCCAAUCAGCAGCGCGACCUUCCCGCAUUGUCCAUCAAUGGUGGCGGUAAUAGCAAGACCAUUGGACGGUCUACCCUGGGUGAGCGAAGGACACCGAAAUUGAGCUUAAACCUCGAUCGACCUUUGCGAAGCGCCACGCUCGGUUCUUUCGACAUUCCCCCGACUCCUGGUGGCUUCAUGUGCUCUCGUAACAAGCCACUACGUUCACCCGGCCUAUCUCUCAAUAUUCCUCAGCCCAACGGCCAGAGUACUGCUUCUCCCAGUUCAUUGCAGGUCCUGGCACACGAGCAGAGCGAGCUCCCACCUUCCCCUAGUUCGUUUGGGGAUGUGAAACGUCUGGAAGGUGAGGAUGAGGAUUUGGUAACGACGGGAUGGUCCAAUGAGGCCACUCCCCGUGGCCGAUUCCAGAUAUCCGAUUCGCCUCCCGAUAGUCAGAUUCCCCUCUCCUCCACUUCAUCUUCCUCAACUACCACCACUCGCCUUGCCAACCCCAUUGCGCCGUUCAACGUGUCCACCAUUCUUCCCAACUUUCUUUUCCUUGGCCCUGACAUUACAAACGAUGUUGAUGUCAAGAAGCUACAGAGCUUGGGGGUGAAACGUAUUUUGAAUGUGGCUAUCGAGUGUGAUGACGACCAGGGGUUGGGACUGAGAGAAAAGUUUAGGUACCAUCGGGUGCCAAUGCGAGACAUUGUCGAGGAGAAUGGGGUUGGAAAAGGCAUGCGAGAUGCUUGUGAAUUUCUGGAUGACGCCCGCCUUCACUCUGCACCAACAUAUAUUCACUGCCAAGCUGGCAAAUCCCGUUCAGUUACCAUCACCCUCGCCUACCUCAUCCACGCCAAUGCCUGGACCCUCAGAACCUCGUAUGCCUAUGUUGCUGAGCGCCGUAAAGGUAUCAGCCCCAACAUCGGCUUUGUAGCCGAGCUGAUGCAGUGGGAAGAGUCCGAGCUAGGGCUUAAGGUGUCUGGCGGGGUGCAUGGUGACGGUGGAGGGCGGAAAGCGGGGCCGGGGCCGGCGGGGGAUGGGGAGGAGAAGAACAAUCGGUACAUGCGAGAGAGCUUGCCGCCGACAUGGUCGGCGAGUGUCGACACUUACUCUCGUCCUCCAAACCUCUCGCCCGCCAAUGGAGAUGGAGCCGGAGCUGAGGGAGAUGGGGCGAGGGACAAUGGUCAACAUGAUGAGCGACAAGCGGUCGGAGAUGAGAGAGAGGUUCGGAAGAAUGGUGUAUGGGUGCACCAUAGGCGAGCGCCCGUCGAUCGUACGACGCUGCAACCGGGCCGCCGAGUGUCCAAAGCUGGUCUCGAGUCUCUCAGGCCCUUGAAUACAACGCCAAUCAACGGAGCAGGGCAUUCUAGCGAUGAUGGUCAGACCAAAGACCCGAGGCCGUCCCCUCGCCCAAGUCCUCGACUGGGCAUGGGAGGUGGGCACGCCAUGACGCCCGCUGGGGACGGUCCUCUGAGAUGGAUCUAG